AUGACGAAACAGAAACUCACAUAUCCUGGUGACACCGAUUGUGAUCCAUUAACAGACGCACAUUUUUUCUACCCCCAUAAGUGUCAUGGGAAUCCAGAGAAAUAUAUCAAAUUCCGGGGAUAUCCGGAGAAAUAUAUCAAAUUCUGGGGAUUUUUUCCCAGUAUCCCCCGCCAGGCUUCCUCUUUCACAUCCUUUCCUCGGCGCCCGCUUGGCGGUGUCCAACUUUCUCUGCCCUCCCGUGGUCAUGAUAGGUCGCGUAGUCGAAUUUUUUUAUUUUCAAUCGACUUUUCCAAAACCCCGUCAAAAGUAAGCCGUAGUUGGUCUCGUCCUCGGAUGACGCUUUGCUCCUUCCGCCUCCGGGGAGAAUAUGAUGGCGAUCUGCGGAAAUUACGACGUCUCCCACCGCCCCCGCCACCGCUUGACUUUAAUCCAUAUUUUGUUAUCGUAGCCCGGUCGGAUGAGCUCAAUCUGUAG